GAAAAUGGCUGAUAAUGUGGAUUCAAGUACUGAUUUGCAAGGAUUGAAGGUGUUCCAGUGCUUGGGACAAAGUUACCACCCACUGGAUUGAUACUGAGAAUUUAACCACAGUCAGUUUACAUUUAUAUUCCAAGUACACAAUGCAAUAUCUAGUGGAUCUGAAGUAAUAAAGAAACAGUAAUGUUGCAGAUUUGAAAAAGGAGCUGAAAUCUAGAGGGUUAACUACUACUGGCAACAAAAAUGAACUAAUUGAGAGACUGCAGAAAGCUAUGCACUUACCAAAAGAGCAAGUUGAGGCAACUGAGGAUGCAGAUGAAGAUGACGUUCUUGAUGAUGAUCAUUUGUUGGGUGAUGAAAUUAAAUCGACAGAUGUUAAUGAGACCGUGAAUGAGGAAGAAAUUUUGGGAACCUUACCACAGCAAGAAACAGAAAUCACAGCUAAACCUACUGUUAAAGUAAAACCAAGCCAUAUCACUCUUUCUCAGCAACAGUUGACCAAAACGUGUGCUUCCAAGUCACCCUCAAUUAUGGGUAAAGUUUCUGGGGUUACCAAAAUUACACGUCCUGUGAUACAACAAUCACUCACUUCAGAAAAACCCACGAAGGACACUAUUACCACAGAAGAAAAUAACUCUACAGAUAAGAAUGUAGUCCUCACUUCUAUAAAAAAUUUGACCCCAGAAAAGAAAAACUCCAUAAGCGUGAACAAAUUUAAUACAUUAGAUAGUGCCAACAAACUGCAGGCAAGAGCUGAAAGAUUUGGACUACCCAAUAAGAGCUCUGUCACAACUACAGGAAGUUUAAAACCAACAGCUUUAUCAGGUUUAGUGUUAAACCCGUAGUAGAUCUUGAAAAACUUAGGAAGAGGUCAGAAAGAUUUGGUCAGUCAGUAUCAGCAGCAGUGAAACAAAUUGAAGAAAGAGAAAAGGUACUGAAAA